CCGCCCUCCAGUUGAGAAAGGCGCUGCAGUGCUGCUUGGCUAGAACUGAAGAAAAAUGAACCAAAUUCAAUCUUUGCUCAAUGAUUGCCUCAUCAGAACAAAACAUGUGGAACACGCGGCCAUCAUCAAAUUAAAGGACGAGACUGUGUGGGCAUCAACCUUUGGCUUUAAUCUGCAGCCACAGCAUGCCUUACUCCUCAGCUCUGCUUUCUUCAAGAACUUAUUACACGUCAGAAGGGAGGGACUUUACUUCAAGGAGAAGCAUUAUAAAUGUGUCCGAGCAGAUGAGUGCUCCAUCUAUCUUAAAAAUGAAGACAGUGGUCUGAUAGCUGUGAAAACAGAGUCCUACAUCCUGGUUGCUACUUACUCUGAGGGGAUGUAUCCUAGUGUGUGUGUGGAAGCUUUAGAGAAACUGGCGGAGUAUUUCAGAGAUAAGGAAAACUGAAUCUGCAAACAACUUAAAAUUGACCAAGUGUAUGAAGACUGGUUUGUUAGAAAACCACAGAUGGAAGUUUGUAAUGAAGCACAUCCAAGCAAGCAAGACAAUAUCUAUUAUUCUGCAAUAUUCUCAGUGCAUAGUGAAGGCUCUGAAAGAGAAGGAUAAUCCACAGCAUUUGAAUCGCACCAGUGCAGCCUAACAGCCUCCUAAAUUGUCAGCUCCACCAUCUUCAUGUCCCAAAAUUACAGCUCAUAAAUCCAUGCAUGUGUGGUGGCAUUUGGGCUCUAGUUCGGAUGCAUUCCAAGAGUCUAAUAUUGCAAGAUGCUGAGCAGCUCCUACCAGGUGCUGAGUACCCUCUACACACAGUGACUUCCCUGGAAGUUGAGCCCUUUCUCCACGUCUCCUAUAGGAGUCGAUGGUGCUCAGCAUAUCAUAGGAUCAGGCCCGAAAACUAUAACUUCAGAUCAUCAAAAGUACAGUUGGGUGAUGUUCUCAAGAGACUGAGUUAAGGUGUUUUUCUUCAUUUUAACACUAUCUUUUUUGUUUUGUUUUACCCAAUCUCCUAGUAAGAAAGCAGUUAAUUUCUCUGAGCUGUGAGGCAUCUCUCACAGGACACGUACCAUAUACACAGCAUCAAAACUGAGUAGAUUAAUGAAAUGUGUUGCAUUAACAUCUAGUUCAAUGUAAGCUCAGAAAUUGCAUUGCAUGCCUUGGAAUGUCUUGAAUAAAAUGCCAUUUUUAUAUCCAUCUAUUUGCAUUGCCAUUGAAAGAUAUAUUUGCAUUGCCAGAAAGGACCAUUAGAUCAUCUAGUCUGACCU